GUGAAACCCACCUGCAAUACACGUAAAUACCAUCGGCGUCUCCCGUAUCACAACUGUAAUACCAUUCGGAGCUUGCCCUGUUGGCGGCUCAAAACCUGUCCAUCACUGCCUCCUUCACUAUUCAAUUACAUCCCUCAAAUAGCCUCUUCAUGUCCAUUAUGUACUUUUGCCUUCCUUGCCAUGCCUUAUCUCAGGUCCAAAGCCUUUUAGGCACUGUGAGCCAGUCGCAAUGGCUCACGCGCGCAUCCGCCUCGUGCUGGCAGCCCUUCUUCUCUUCAUUCUAACCUCCCUGCUCGCCCCAUUUUUUUAUAAUCUUUACCUACUGCUGCGAUUACCCUUUGUGUGGAAAACCUCAUCUGCCAAUGCGAUUAUCACCCAGCAACAUGACGGAUUCGAUCUGACCUUUUCCGACUACAACAGCACGUACUCCGUCGCUGACACCGGCCUGCCCGUCCCUGUCCCUGCACGGCUGCAUCACGUCCAAUUGGGUACACAAUCCCCACGUCCAGAGUGGCAGGCUGCUCGCGAUGAGUGCCUCAAGCAACAUCCGGACUGGGAGACGUUUCUGUGGACCGACGAGAAUGCUAGUCGCUUCGUCCAGAAUUACUAUCCGCACUUUCUCCCCACCUGGGAAAGUUAUCCACACCUUGUCCAGCGCGUGGAUGCAUUGCGAUACAUGGUUCUGCACAAGUAUGGAGGCGCCGUGUUGGAUUAUGAUUUGGCAUGUAAACGGUCGUUGGAACCCCUGCGUCGAUUCGAAUUUGUCGCCCCAGCGGCCAACCCAGUCGGUAUCUCCGUUGGUAUGAUGCUUGCGGCACCGAACAACCCCUAUGUUAAUGAUCUGGUGCGGAACCUGCCAACCUUUAAUCGACGGUGGUCGUUUCUGCCUUACAUCACAGUUAUGUUUAGCACGGGGUGCCAUUAUGCCUCAACCAUCUACACCAUGCAACGCAAUACCUCCACCCUCCGCGUCCUAGCCGGCCCCCCCGAGAACCCGCGAAUGCAUAUGCUCAACGGUGUGGUCAAUACCCCGCUCUUUCGACAUUUAGGCAGUUCCUCAUGGCAUGAGAAAGACGCACGCUUCAUCAAAGCGUUUGCCAAUAUGGAUCAACGGGUGGCGUUUGGGAUGGUUUUGUUCGCUUUGGUGGGAGGAUGCUGGGCUGUGAGCUUAUGUGUGGCUCGGGGUCGGGCAUGGCAUCAGAGGGACGCAGUCUCGCAAGAGAUAGAGAUGUUGCGGAAAGCACAUGGUUCAUAAUUACUUGUAACUAUUAGAUAGAUAUAUUGCUCAUGAGUCUAUGUUGGGAUGGCUGAU